AUGGCGACUGUUGGUGAAACACCAAAACUUAAGUUUAUCGUCGUCGGUGCCGGCAUCGGAGGUCUCGGGGCCGCGAUUGCGUUGUUACUCGCAGGGCACAAUGUCCAGGUGCUCGAAGCCGCAAAGGAGCUUGGAGAGGUAGGGGCAGGCAUUCAGAUUCUUCCCAAUGGCGCUCGUGUGCUUCGCUCCUGGGGCAUGGAACCGGCAUUGGCGCCCAAAGCCAUGGAACCUAGCCGAUCGAACAUGAGGAACUGGAAAGGCGACCUUCUCACCUCCUGGGACUUCCAUCGUGCAGACUUGCAUCUCGCUCUGGUAGACCGCACCAUCGAGCUUGGCGGCGACAUCGUCUGCAGCACUACCGUAUCCGAUGUCGAAUGUGACUCGCCACCAGGCCAGGCAACUGUGCAGGCUGAUGAUGGAAAGACGUACACCGCGGAUAUGGUCUUGGGCGCCGAUGGGGUGCACAGCAAACUGCGGGCCAUUAUGAGCGGACGCGAUGAACCGCCAACUCCGACCGGUGAUCUUGCCUACCGCUUGCUCUUGGACGCCUCAGUCAUGCUAUCAGAUCCUGAGCUAGCAGAGUUCGUCACUGACCCUCAAGUCAACCUAUGGAUCGGACCGGAAACUCAUAUUGUGAACUACGUCUUGCGACAGGGUACUUUCUUCAACAUGGUGCUUUGCAUGCCCGAUGACAUUCCGGAGAUGGUGCGUGUGGCCCAUGGUAACAUCGAAGAGUUGAAGGUCUUCUAUAAGGACUGGGAUCCCCGCAUUGUCAAGCUCAUCAAUAUUUCCAAGACGGCCGACAAAUGGAAGCUCUGCAUCCGAGACGAGCUAGACCGUUGGUACCACCCGUCUGGUACCUUCGCGCUUCUGGGAGACGCGGUGCACGCCACUCUCCCUUACCUGUCAUCCGGCGCAGGCAUGACGCUGGAAGACGCCGCCGUCCUCGGAGAGUGUCUGACUCGCAUCAGGUCUAAGUCACCCUCCGAGAUCCGGCAUGCCCUCGCCGUAUACCAGAAGUGUCGCAAACAGCGUACCGAGCGCAUUGUUAAGCGAAGCUCGCUGCAGCAGCAUCUGUCCCAUCUGCCGGAUGGUCCAGAGCAGGAGCAGCGAGAUGUCCUGUUGAGGAUACCUGGACCUGUUCAGGGCGAGGCGUUUGUCUGGCGUGACCCUGACAUUGGGCCGUGGCUGCUGAGCUAUGACCACGUCCAAGAUGUCACGGACAAUUGGGGUCUGAAAAACGACAUUCAACAUAUAUAA